AGAGGGGCUACGGAGGACAGAGACAGAAACCGUAGCGACACAGAGAGCGAGAGAGAGAGAGAGAGAGAGAGAGAAGGUUGGUGGUGGUGGAGGAGGAGGUUUGUUGGUGGUUUUUGUUUAAGAAUUUAUUGAAAUGGCAACCAUUCCCUCCUCCUUCCUCUCCUCCUCUUCUCUUCCUCUCACCCGCUCCCUUCAUCGUCAUCUUCGUCGACCUUCGCUAUACUUCCCUCUUCCCUCCUUCACUAACCCUUCAAGGAUUCAAACCCUCGUUCGCUCUUCCUCUGCUCCUUCUUUCGACGAUCUCAGCUCCAGGAAUCGCUCCCGUUUCGAUUCCUCUAAGAAAUCAAUUCUCUCAAAUUUGAUACAUGAGAUAGAGCCUUUGGAUGUGAGCCUUAUCCAGAAAGACGUCCCCCCUGCUACUGUAGAUGCCAUGAAAAGGACCAUUUCAGGCAUGUUGGGCCUGUUGCCGUCUGACCAAUUUCAAGUUCUUAUCGAGGCCUUAUGGGAGCCACUCUCCAAGUUGUUAGUUUCUUCAAUGAUGACAGGGUAUACUUUACGGAAUGCUGAAUAUCGGCUUUGCCUUGAAAGAAACCUUGAUAUAUAUGAAGAAAAUCUUGACAAAGAAAAGUUUGAUGUUCCUAGACAUGAUAUACAAGGGAUGUUGCUUGAAGCUGCAAAUAUAAUCAAAUUAUCCGCAAAAGAUGAGUUAUCAUCCAAUUGUGAAAAAACCAUUGAGGAUCCACCUGAGAUUGUUGAUAUUCAAGGCUUUGGUGAUACAUCUCCUGAAGCCCAGCAAUAUAUUCGUCAUUUGCAAUCACAGUUAUCUUCUGUUAAAAAGGAACUCCAUGAAGUCAAGAGGCGAAGUGCUGCCCUACAAAUGCAACAGUUUGUUGGCGAAGAAAAAAAUGAUUUACUGGACUAUUUGAGAUCACUGCUACCAGAAAAGGUAGCUGAGCUGUCGGAAACAUCUCCUGAAUUGAAAGAAACAAUUCACUCAGUUGUCCAUGGUCUUCUUGCAACACUUUCUCCUAAAAUGCAUUCGAAGGUGCCUCCGCUCUCAGAGAAUACCUCAACUGGAGCAGCAAGUAUGGGGAAUGGAGAUUUUGCAGAAGUUGUCGAAGACACUUCACUUCAAUUUCAGCCCCUUAUUUCGUUGACUCGAGACUAUUUGGCACGUCUACUCUUCUGGUGCAUGCUGUUGGGGCACUAUCUUAAGGGCCUCGAGUAUCGAAUGGAGCUAAUGGAACUUCUUACCCUUACAAGAGAUGAUGGUGAUGAUGAACCUGUUGGCAAACAAGUUGCUUGAAAGUUUCAGAGUUGUUUCCAUCUGUAUAUAGAUGUGCUCAUCGGUUUAUGUGAAAUUUGAUGUUCAAGAGGUUAGGAGUCAGAUAUGUGUAGUCUUUCUUACACUUUUGCGGGUGGGAUUUGUAAUGUCCAGAAAACGUACAUCUAUCUUUGGUUUUUUCUUGUAAGCAUACAUCAUUAUUACCGUCUUUCCUCAUAAAAGAAAGAAUAUUUAUUUCUCAACAAAUGGAUGUUUGGAUAUGAAUAUAAUACAAAAAUAACUAUUCACAAAAACGGAAGGGAAAAAUUGGUGAUA